AUGCAUGAUCUUCUGAAUGACCUCGCAAAGUCAGUUGCUGGUCCGACGCACUUUAGCUCACGGGGGUUUGAGUCAGAGAUCAAUGAGAGUAAUGCAUCUUCAGCUCGUCACGCAUCCUUCAUUUCGAGCUACGGAAUUGCAUCCAAAAGACUUACGGUGUAUCACAGAAUGAAGCGACUAAGAAGCUUCAUCUCAUUGCAACCGCGACCCAGGAAGUUCGCGAUGUUGCAUUUGUCCCAAAGCGUGCUAGGUGACUUGCUGUCGGACUUGAAGUAUUUGAGGGUGCUUUCGUUGAGUCAUUAUUGCAUCAACGCGAUACCAGACUGUGUAGGUAAACUGAGGCAUCUGCACUAUCUUAAUUUAUCUUACACUGAAAUUGAAAGGCUUCCUGAAUCCAUCGGUGGGCUGUUCAACCUAGAGGCUUUGAUAUUACGGGGUUGCCCAUACCUUGCUGGAUUGCCUCAAGGUGUUGAGAAGCUGAUUAAUUUACGAUAUCUCGACAUUCGAGAAACCCAGAGCCUACAAACCAUGCCACGACGUAUAGGUAACUUGGUGAAUCUUGAGAUUUUGCCCAAGUUUAUCGUGGGAACAGAGAACGGGCGGAGGUUAAAGGAGUUAAAACACCUUGAGCAACUUAGAGGGGAACUGUUAAUCUCUGAGUUGCAUAAAGUAAAAGACGCUGGAGAUGCUAAGGAUGCUAAUCUACAUAUGAAGCGUGGAAUUGACCGGUUAAUCAUGAAAUGGAGCGAACCCCUUGUAGAUUCGCGGAAGGCAGAGCUUGAAAUGAAGGUCGUUGACUUUCUUCAGCCUCAUAAAGACCUUCAAGAUCUCACAAUCUCCCACUACAGCGGCAUUGAAUUCCCUUUCUGGUUGGGAAAUCCAUCGCAUCUCAACAUGGUCUCUUUGCGCUUGUGUGGCUGUCGUAACGUUGGAUCAUUACCAUCACUUGGGCUGCUAUCCUCCCUGAAAGAACUGCACAUCGAAGGUCUGGAUGCUGUGUGCUCGGUGGGCUCCGAAUUUUACGAAACUAUAGAGCCUUUUCCAUCAUUAACAACUUUGGAGUUCAAGGAUAUGCCAUUCUGGCAGGACUGGACUCAUUUUAAUGGCGCUGAAGAUACAGAAGUGCCGUUCCCUUGUCUUCAGCAUCUAAUGGUCCGCAAUUGUCCCUUGUUGAAGGGACGAUUGCCGGAAAAAAUAGAUGCCCUUGUGAGGCUUGAUAUCGAUUCAUGUCCGCUUCUGGAUGCCUCACCUGCCGUUAGUCUUUCGUCUCUCCGCAAGCUAUACUUCAGAGGCUGUAACGAGGUGACUUUUAAGAGCUUGGUUAACAUGACUUCUCUCACCACUCUUGCCGUUGAAAAUGUCGAGGGGCUCGCUUGCUUUCCUAUUGGGUACACAAGCUCCUUGACCAAGUUAGAGAAGUUAGAGGUAAGAAGAUGCAAAAACCUGAUACACUUGUGGCAGGACAGAGAUUAUGCUCAGAAUCUUGCUUGCCUGAAGAGCCUGAAUGUCACAAGUUGCCCUCAGUUCGUAUCUUUUAUAGCUGGAGAAAGUGAUAAAGAGUUGCCUAGCCGCCUUGAAGCUAUGAAAUUGAGCGAUUGUUCAAACCUAGAGAAGCUUCCAAACGAGAUGCACAAUCUGGCCUCUCUUCGUAGCUUGAUCGUUCUUAACUGUCCAAAACUCCGGUCCUUUCCAGAGACCGGUUUGCCAGCAUCUAUGACAUCAUUGACCGUUGAAAACUGCCAGAAUCUCCAGCAUUUGCCCAUAGGCACUAAGAUUGGCAAUGAGACGUCUCAUCUGAGAGAAUUGAGAAUCUACGGAUGCAAUUUGCUGCCCGCAUCACCAUUCGGCAAGGGCGGACUACCGGUGACUCUCAAGGAACUUAAGAUUCAUAACUGCAGGGGAGUGAAGUCACUGGCGGAGAUAGUUUCAGACUCGGGCCACCAACACCACGUCCAGUGGCUUGAAGAUGUAAGAAUUUUCUAUUGUGAGCAAUUGGGAAGCUUGCCCCGGAGCCUGCACAAGCUCUCCCACCUCACUCGCUUGACGAUAUUUGGGUGCGCCGCUCUGGAGCUGGAGCACUUCCCUCCACUUCCGGCCAGCAUAUCUGAGUUCAGCCUCUGGAGUUGCCCGAAUGUAAAGGGAGGGUUGCCUCCCAAUAUAGAGACCUUCGAGGUGAGGGUCUGCGUGAACAUGGAGCAGCAUGUGAGAGAGUGGGGCUUGCACACACUCGUGUCGCUCCAAUCUUUAUGGAUCGACGGGAGUGUUGGCGGACUUGGAGAUAUGGUGUGCUUUCCUCCAGAGGGUGACGGCAAUGACCAUGAUCUCCUCCCUUCCUCUCUCACCUAUCUUAAUCUCUCUGACAUGAGGAACUUAGAGAGUCUAUCGAGUGGCCUCCCUUGCUCUCUCCAUCGCUUAUACACUCGUGGAUGCCCGAAACUGAGGUGCUUGCCCAAGGCCGGCCUCCCUUCCUUGCUCAAGCAUUUGUCCAUCAGCGACUGCAAACUUCUCGAAGAGCGAUGCUUAAAGCACGCUGGCAACUAUUGGCACCUCAUCAAAGAAAUCCCGACCAUCUACAUAAACAAUGAUCUGAUCUCAUGA